UAUAGAUUGAAUCCUUGUUUUUAGGAGUCUUAUGCAGCACAAUAUUGUUAACACAAUUAGAAUGUGAAUUCUGUUUAGCGUCUAUCUUUCUUAUUAGAGUAAUUGCAUAGAGACAGGUGUGUUUGGGUUUGAUAUUUAUUAAGGGUUUGUUCUUUGUUUGAUGGCUUUACCUUUCCUCAUGAUGACACAGAGAUAAACAGGCAAUAAAUUAAACCCAGUGACUCAAAAUUUGGAAUAGGGCAUUCAUCGAUUUAAUGCUAUAGAACGAAAUAAGAAAAGAAGAACCAGUAAGGAUUGAGUGUGCUUUGUUUUAACCAACAAUAUAUCUAAUUUCCCCAUGGCUAGUAUGUUUUACACUUAACUGAACACAAUAGUUUAAUAGAGAUAAAACAAACGGUUUCAGUGCAGACUAUUCAUUGUGCUUGAAAAUGCAUUCUCACAUUACUAUAAUGCCAAAACAGUGUUCUGUAGGACAAUUAAUAAUGGAUGGGAAUCAUUUCCUGGAGUGAUUCUUUUGUUCUGAGAUUCUAGCCUCCAGUAGUAGCUGUUGCUAAGACACCCAUUUCCUAGGUAACAAGUAGUUGUUUACAUUGGCUUGGCUAGUUUGGUGAGCAUUGAGUUAGCAUGCUCCAAAAGUCUUCUAAGUACAUGGACUGAACAAACAAUGAUAGACUGCUAUAUCAUACGAACAGCAUAGCUGUGUCCAGAGGAAACAGGAACUUUUAAAAAGAGGAACAGAAGAAAAAAAAAACAUAUUUUGUUAUCUCCAAAAUCAGUAGGGUUGUGACUGUGAUGUCAUGUGAGAGCUGGGUUGAGCCCCGUCAGCAUGGAGGAGAGCCAGGUGCUGUACAGAGACAGGACACACAGCAUGUCUUUGGAGUCUCACAGCAGACGAUGGAUGACCCGGGCCAAUCAGACGAGAGGGAGAAGGGCAGCCCGCUGAAUGCUGGGGUCGAGUUUGUGGUGCUGCAACAUGGGAAUGAAGCUGAAAUGCAGAUGGAGAAGAACAAGGAGACACGAAGCAGAAGGCGGGUCACUCAGAAGAUACACAGAGUAAAACAUGCAGAUGGAGCAGGAUCAGUGAGUGUCUCAUUUGUUGAGAGGGACAGAGACAAGCGGCCUGAAGACCCACGGGGCCCUGGACCCUUCUUCUACUUUGGGGGGAGCAAUGGGGCCUCCAUAGUUGUGUCAUAUUGUGAGAGUCGAGGCUGGCAGCGCAUAUAUGACAAGACCAGGACGGACUACAAGCUGAAGUGGUGUGAAACGAAAUCACCUGCUUCCUACUACAGCUUCAAAGCAGGAGGCCAGUUGAUUUACCAGAUACCCAAUAAUAAGGUUCUGACCACUAAGAUAGGUCUUCUGAACAGCCUAAGAGAGUAUGACAGAGUCAGCAGCAAGGUCAACUAUGGAUGUGCAAACAGGAGGAUGCGGCUGGAGGAUUUUUGUCCUGUCACUUUUCGAAUGGAUAUGAAGGUUGAGAGGGAGGCUUUCUUUAAUGGAAUAUGCGAUGAGAAAUCCAGCAUGUGGAUCUGCAAGCCCACAGGCCUUAACCAAGGCCGUGGUAUUUUUCUACUGCGGACACCAGAAGACAUCGCAGCAUUCAGAGAACGACUGCAGAACACAAUAGAGCAGCAGUCCAACAGGAAGUCACCUUUCAAUGUGCCACAAGCUCGGAUUGUUCAACAGUACAUCCAGAACCCUUUGCUACUAAAAGGACGGAAAUUUGAUGUGCGGUCAUACUUUCUGAUUGCUUCCACUUCGCCGUACAUGGUGUUUUUUCGUCAUGGUUACAUCCGAUUGACAUGUAACCUUUAUGACCCAAACUCUGACAAUAUAACAGCCCACCUGACCAAUCAAUACAUGCAAAAGAAAAAUCCUCUCUACAGUCUGCUAAAAGAGGAAACCGUUUGGUCCAUGGAGCGCUUCAAUGUAUUCAUUAACGAGACUUACAUGCUGCCAAAGGGGCUGCCUAAAGAUUGGGCUCUGGGUCCUUUUGCAAAAAGGAUGCAACAUAUUAUCAUGCAGUGCUUUCAAGCUGUCAAAGCCAAGCUGGACUGCAAACUUGGUUACUUUGACUUAAUUGGUUGUGACUUCUUGAUUGAUGAGGAUUUCAAGGUCUGGUUGCUCGAGAUGAAUUGUAACCCUGCACUGCAUACUAACUGUGAAGUACUGAAAGAUGUGAUACCACAGACAGUCACCGAGGCACUUGAUCUUACUUUGGAAAUCUUCCAAAAGUCUUGCUGUGGACUGAAACUGUUGCCGCUAAACAGUCAAAGAGACUUUCUAUUGCUGUAUAGUGGUGAGACUGUGACCAUAACGAAACAGAGACACAAAACCACUGGACCUUUCUCGACCCUCCACUCAAAGAGCAGCUCCACCCACAUUAACACCAACAAAACUGUUGCCACUGCAACACAAACAGGGAAAUCGACCAAUAGGGCCUGCAAACAUUCUGAAACUCAAGCCAAAUGUCUGGUCCCUUCCACCGCUGUCCUCUCUUCCUCUGAUUCGUCCAAUACCAUCCCACCUUCAGAGCAGCCUGUGGAGUUACCAGUGAAACAACCUUCACCUAUAUCCCAGAAGCCUCUGACAUCCAAAGCUCAAGAAACAAAUCAGCUUCGACCACACCAGGCCAAAGCCGUGCGUUCUCGUGUUGUGCUUCAGCUCAGCAAGUGCACCUGGCAACAUCCUGCAGUGAUAUCCAACCUCAGCGUGCCUCUGCAGCCAGUGAGAAGUGCAAUCAGGUCACUGUCUACACCAGCCCUGAGCAAAGGCUCAAACUCCACACAAAGACUUGGAGCUCAAGGCCACCAAAUAGACAAAAUGGAGCACAUGAGAUGCAACCUAAAAACAUCAAAGAUUCAUUUGGCUGAGCCAUACUCCUUCCACACUGUAAGGACAGAAAUGAAAGAGGCCAAAGUAAAGGAACAGGAAGGUGAUAGAUGACAAAUGAGCAAUGGUGUCAUUGUUAUUAUAAGAGCUUUUUCUAUGAAUAAUGAGAGUUUGCUUCUGGUUAUGACUAAUGAUGUUGCUGAUCACCAGAAGCAUAAUGUCCAUUCAAAUCGAUACUCCUUCAAAGGUUGAACUUUUUAACGUUCCAAAAAAAAUUCUUUGUACAAAAAAAAUUGUUUUUUUCUUUUUUUGAAUGUCACCCCCUUUUACACAUCUAUUUAAUGUUCAAUUUAUUCACACCUUUCUCGUCUAUUUUUUCCUUAGUUGCUCAAAACCAUAUGUGUUUUGCUUGGUUGCUCACCAAGGCUGCAUUUCCCCCACAGAAAUACAUUAGAGCAGUAAUGUGGAAACAAGUAUUGUGAAAAAGGUUUACAGUUCAAAGUAAGGUCAUCUAAACAGUAAAUGUUAUAUAUGACUGUUUUUUCCAGGAUUCUCUGAUGAAUAUAAAGUUCAAAAGAACAUUUAUACAUGGCACAAAAACAUUU